AUGGAAGAAGUGGAAGAAUUGAUAGAAGUGGCAAGACCAAGUGUACCAGUGCGGACGGACGAUGUAGCGGCUAGAGUUCGACUUUGGAGUAAAAAUAUCGAUGAGUAUUUGCGAAAGAAAGCUCUGCUGGGUACAAAUCAUGCUAAUAUUCUUAAAAGUGGAGUUUGA